AUGAAUAACGUCCAACUGCUUCAAACGGAUCUAACUCAUUUGAGCUCCGAGGCAAAGAAAAGGUAUCCUGAUGUACGACAAGUGGUGGAUUCUGUCAUCAAGGCAUUGAAGGAGUCGAAUCCAACAACUCAGCUAAAGGUUAUAUUAGACGAUAACUUGAGGCUACAAACUAUCAAUGCAUUGAUACUUGCAUGCGACUCAGGAAACCUCAAGCUUAACAAUUCAUCAAUUUCGAUCAUACAAAAGCUAAUUCAGGCGCAUUUUAUUCCCACUGAGAAACUUAAAGACGUGUUGAGAACGUUUUCGGAAGCAUCACACUUGGCCGAGGGAGUUCAAGUUAGAAUCCUUCAGUGUCUUCAGCAAUUUACUCAGGAAUAUAAAGCAGAGAUAACAGGUGAUGUUCUUUUAAGCAUGAUUAGUCUUUGUUCCGGACUAACGACCACAAACAAGACGUCGACUGUACUGGGGGUUGCUUCUGCCACUUUGGAGCAAGUAUUUUCCAUCGUUUUUGAUAACGUCAAUGUGACUCCUUCUACUGGAGAUAAAGAAAUCAGUAUUGGAAAUGAAGGAGUUAUAAAAUUGGACAAUGCAUCCUAUGAAGGGUAUUGCGUCUUUGAAGAUUUGAACAAUUUGAUGACAAACAAGAAGCCAAAGUUCUUGAGAGGUAGUAUCACCAUUCGCAGUCAAUCGGCUCUCGAUAUUAUGGAAAAUGUCAUCCUCCAUCAUGAUCAACUAUUUCGUCAACACAAAGAGUUGGCUCACUUGUUACGUGUACAAACCGUUCCUUCUUUGUUGAAAAUUUUGAACUCACCUUCGAGAAGUUACCAAUUAACUCAAAGAGCUAUACGGGUAAUUCAAGUUUUGUUAACCACUCAACUUGAGAGUUUGGAGAUUGAAGUUGAGUUAAUUUUAUCUUACUUGAACCAUGCAUUACUUGAAAAUGACAAUCAUCAAGAUGGAUCUGUCCCUUACUGGGAAAAGAUACUAAUACUUGAGAUGUUCAAGAACAUCUUUUCCAAAUUUGAAGUUAUUAAGGCGAUUUAUGAAAAGUAUGAUCACGAUGAACUGAAAAAGGACGUAUUGAAAGAGUUGUUUACCGUUCUCGAUUCUUAUUUACAGGAUGAUAGUCAGUUGUCAAAUGAAACAUCAAGACGUAGUGUGCUGGAUUUGGCAAGCAACAUACACUCGUCUACGUCAGAGUUAUCACUUUCAUUAUCUCUAUCUCGAAAAAACUUCAAGAUACUGCUACUUGAUCAUUUGGACAAAACUGAGCCACAAGCUAACAUUCCUGACUUGUAUUCCAGCUACCUUAUAUUUGAGAUUCUUGUCAACUAUUGCAACGGUGUUUCACAUUUUGUCACAACAAUGCUGGAUAAUACCUCCAACGAGCAAGUUUUGGAGAAAAAUGUUGACUUCAUUAAUGCAAUUUUAGCAUCAACUGCAACAGAAGUGAGCCUUUUGUUCAAAAGGUACAUCUUCUCCGCCUUAGAUGAUGAUUUGUUCCGUACCUUGUUGACUUCAUUUCAGAAGUUUACUCAUUCGGUAGGACUAUUGGGAUUGAACUCAAUCAGAAAUGAUUUACUUUUGAGGCUUUCAAAGGCUACUAUGGUCAAUCUCAGCAAGCAAACCCUUUCUAAAGAAGAUAGGGAUGCCUCCUCUAUCUAUGAAGAUCCAAAGAGACAAUUAUUAGCCAUCGGAGAGACUUUGGCAGAGUCAGUCACUUCGAGCAGGUUGUCGUUGAAGGGUGAGGACAAUGCAAAUAGUAGGUUGCUGCAAGAUCUGGUCAAUUCAAGAUACUUCAACUCACGACAUGUGCUUUGUUUGAAGACGUUGAUGAACUUGGCUAUUUCAUUAGGAUCCACACUUGGGGAGUCUUGGUCAAUCAUUUGGAUCACAUUACAAUGGUGUGCUUACUAUCUUCAAGGUCCGGAUGAAUUCAGCAAUUACUCAAGAUCCAAGCAAAGUCAGGAAUUGGCUAAUGUACCACAACUUCGGAUAACCGAAGCUGAGAUUGGUGCUAUUCAAGCUUCAUUCAGAUCGCUUUUUGAACAAGUUAUUGGUUACGAAUCUGAUUCUUUUAAACAAUUAUUGAUCUCCCUUGCUGAUUUAAAUGAUAUUGCAUUUUCAGACGACGUUGAUAAGGUAGUUAAACUCGGGUUAACUGAAGCCCCUUAUAACAAGGCUUAUUAUCUACAGAAAUUUUUCCAAAUUUGUCAGCUUGCGCCAGCAAAGUUUUUGAUUAAGGAUACGGCCGUUUGGGAGUUUGCUACUUCUUAUAUAACCAAAUUUGGAUCAAGAAGAAACUUACAUCCCAACUUGCGUUUAUAUGUUGCUGAAUCAUUUGCGAACAUAAUUGAAGCUUUGGCUAGUGAAGGAUUUCACAAUGAUUCAUUGGUCCAGGAUACCGCAACGAGGACCUUGGAUGGAUUGAACGAAUACAUUACCCCAUUGUUUGAACAAGGUCCACCCAAGGAGCUAUUAACUUUAAACUGCGAGACGGAAAUUCAUUUGUCGGUGUUGACGGAAUUGCAUUCUUUGAUUGACAACUAUGACACCCAUUAUCAAGGUUCAUGGGCAAAAGUUUUUAAAAUUCUCAAUACCCCAUUUAAUACAAUGAAAUCUGAUGAUCAAAAUUUGAAGGAGAAGUUACAACUCUUGGUGGAAAAGUCAUUCGAUACGUUGAAGUUAAUACUCGAUGAGUUUUUGUCGUCAUUGCCAUUCAAACAAUUCAAAAUACUUAUUGAUACUUUGGUUAACUUUGCAUAUCAGGCAUAUGAUCUUAAUAUUUCAUUCAGUUCGGUCAGUUAUUUCUGGCUUAUUAGUGACUCGUUGAAAUCAAGACUCUUACAAUUCAAAGCCGAUACACAACAAAUAGAUAUAAAACUGGAGGAUGACCUUGUCAAAUUCAUCAACACGAAUGAUGAGUCGUAUCAAUCUUAUAUUUGCCUUGAAGUGUAUUUACUUUUCUGUUUGGCUAAAUUGUCCAAACAAGAAACCAACCGUGCACAAGUUAGAGACGGUGCUAUUCAAACGUUUUUCCAAAUUGUUGAUGUCCAUGGCCCUGCUUUAGAACAAAGUUGGAAUACAGUACAUUUGUUGGUAUUGCCAUGUUUAUUUGGUAUUGAGACAACUACAAUUGAAAAUUCAAAAGAGUCAUUGGAAACUAUUCGGUUGUUAUUGGAAGGAUUUACCAAUAUGUAUCGUAGAUUUUUUGGCAGUUCCGAAACCAGUAAUUUCAAGGAUAAGUGGCAAAUGAUUUUCAAUUACAUGGAAAAGUUAUUAACUCAAAAGAAUAUUGAAAUAAAUCUGAUUGUUUUCAAGUCUAUUCAAGAUUUGGUUGAUCCAUCAACUAUAGAUACCAAACAAAUUCGAAAUUCAAUAUUCAAUUUGUGGGUGGGAUAUUCAAUUGAAUACGAUUUGGUAAAUUCAAGCUAUCAAGAUUCGCUUGUGCAAUAUAUGCAAUGUUUCCCAGCCUUGUACAAUGUUAUUCAGCCUGAUUUGACAUUGGAUGAAGUAAAUACGAUCGUUGACAUUUUCAACAAGGGUGCUAGAUAUCCGGUGUUGCCAAUACAUCAAUCGGAUACAAAGAAGCCUAGUAAAUUGCAAUCAACAAUAUUAUCAAAUAUUUCAAUCUUGGACAAAGAUGAUGUUGAAAUACAAGCUGCUGUGGAGCAGUUACUUACCAAUGUCAUCAUCUAUCCAUAUGGAGUUCGAUCAAGGAUUGAACAAAAGUUUGAAAACAAUAUAUUUGUACAGAAGAACUACCAAAUUCCAACAUUUGUCGCUGUCAGUCAUUUGGGAUUACAGUUGAUGAAGACCAAGUUUGAGAAAUUUGGCUAUACAAAAGUAUUCACUGAUGAACAAAGUAUCAUCAAGACAAUAAAGGCGCUCAUUGAAAUUGUUGAGCGUAAAUUACGUGGUAUACCAACAGCAAAGACGCCACUUUGGAUCGAAGGUCAUGACGUUUUAAAAGAAUUGAUUGACAAAUUAAUCAAUGAAAAAAAGGAUAAUUUAAGCGAUGAACUUUGGGCUUUACUCACAAAGUCGUUGGUCCUUACAAUUGCAUUUGAUUCAGAUAUAGCAUCCGAUGCAGAUACUAAAAUCCAACAUUAUCAAGAGUUGGGCAAUAUAAUCAUCCCCAGUUUGAUCAAAAAUGAUAACCUGUUGAUUUUAGAAUUGGUUAAUAAAGUGUAUGAAAACUCCUACCUUUACAACCUCAAUACCGAUGAAAAAGAAUUGAUUUUGAACAAUGUGACAAAUGAUAAACAAGCUAUUGAAAAUUUGACAUCUUUCCAAUUUGAGGAUAUCUUCAGCACAACCGAAGAAUUACACAUCUUUGCCAAUAAAAAAAUCCGAUUCAAUUGUUUAAAUGAAUUAUUCCGAUUACUGAAUCUUGACAUCAAGUAUAAAUCAUCAUGUGAAAUUUAUCUUUUGAGAAGAAUUAGUUUUACAUUGAGAAGAGCAGUUGCUGACUUGAAAUUGUAUGGAGAUAAACCCCUACCAAGAAUUCAACAAGAUGAAAUAUCGGUAAUUCUCGACCAAAUGCAACGUAUGCAACAAAUAUCAAGCGACAAUGAGCAAGAAUUUAAGAAAUUGAAUCGUUUAUUGGUGUUGCUUAGUCCCUUUGCUGAUAAGUUUGGUGAAAAUAAGUUAGUUUUACCCCAAGUAUUAAUGAAAUGUUUAUAG